CAAAUGUCAAGUGGUCAAUACAUUAUUUCUUGGAAAAUUAAUAACAAAAUACAUUUUCUUUGUCUAUUCUAUUAGUUAAAUGUCGAUAAAUUAUUGAUACAAUUAAAUUAUAAUAGAAGAUAUAAUGGGCAGUUUAGACAGAGGAGUAUUAACAGGAUUCAUAUGUCGAUUGUGCUCCGAAAUGCAUCGUGUUGUUCUUCACAUCUAUGGCGAAGAAGGCAUACGUUUGUGUGUCUCAGAAAAAAUUAAUAGAUAUCUUUCAAUAAACGUGUCUCGCUCAGACCCUCUGCCUAAAACUAUAUGCAAGAAUUGCUUGGAACGUUUGGAAAAUCAACACAGACUGGUAAUGCGCAUUGAGCAAGCUGCAAAUAUGCUAAAAGGCCAAAGACGUGCCCGUGUUGGACGUGGAUGCUAUUGGUUGUUGCCCGUGAUGACUAAUUAUGGCUCCGAAGGUGGGAGUCUUCUUAUACAACCCAUAUUGUAUCAGAAGGCUCAAUCUGUGUGAUCAAAUCAAGAAUGAGGAGACCCGUAGAAGAACCGGAGAUACCGACAUAGCUCAACUAGUCCGAAGAUGAAUGGCAAUGAACGGGGUACAUAGCAGAUAUACCUACAGGCAGAUAAUAAAAAAUGGAAAAGUCCUCCAUUAUGGGUUAUUUAAGUACCCCUCUUGUAUGACUUUUAAGGUACUAUGACAUAGCUACUUAUUCAAUAAAAGUUAGUCCUUGACUGCAAACAGAACAGAAUCUCACCUGGUGGUAAAUAAUGAUGCAGUAUGUGGUACUUAGUCUAAUAGAUUAGGAGUGUGGCAGUUAAGUAUAUUAAUUCUGACCUGUCCAGUACCGAACCUUCGGAGUUGGGUGUUUGUGACCACCACCAAACUCCGAAGGCUUGGGAGCAUGACCAGAACAUAGAAAAUUCAGAAAAUAUAGUUGCCUCUGCCAGCUAUAUAGACCUGGUCCUCCCUCUUAGUUAGUUGUUAGACCAGCAUUGCUCCA